AUGAAUCCUAUCAACUCCUUAGCGUUUGAUCUUCACAGUGUUAAGCUUGCAGACGCGAACUCAGAUACAACUGCAUUAUCAAAUAGCAAUACUCCAACGAUGAAUAAUGCAGCUCUUUUACAAAGAUCCUCCUCUAUUAUGGAUUCUAUUGGCGUCCAAAGAGUGCCAUCUCCAUUUGUACCAGCGAGCAAUGUGAUCAAUGAGGGCGGUACUAUUCCCAUCAAUGCAUAUGACGCUGAAAUUACUGGAUCCACGCUACAAAUACCUGCCAAUCAGGUAAAUAACAGUGCAUUCAGUGCAGCAUCUAACAUGCACGUGAGCGCCAGCAGCCCUUCCAUCGCCAAUGAACCGUCGAGCACAUUGCCAAAUGUAGCUUCUUAUCUUUACAAUCCUACGGGACUUGCCCCCAACGUUGGCAAUCAAGCCCCACCACCAGGGAUAGAAUCUCAAUGGAAGUAUAUUGACUCUAAUAGUAACAUCCAGGGGCCUUUUGGUACCAAUAAUAUGUCACAGUGGUAUCAAGGGGGAUAUUUUACUCCAACUUUGCAGAUUUGUAGAUUAGCGACGUCUCCUGAGCCAUUUGGUGUGAAUGAUCGAUUCAUUAGACUAGGUGAAUUAACUACCCUGGUUAAUAAUUAUCAGGACCCUUUUGUCGCCUUCGAUUUCAUUGUGAUUAGAGCCUUGAAUGCUGUUCCGCUCGUUACACCAACCGCAUCAGAAAAGCAAACAGUUGAGUCAAGGAAUUUGAAACCUGCUGCUAAUGUGCAUAGCGAUGAUUUUACGUAUGAAGAAAUCCUCGAUCUUAAGUUUGAAGACGGAAGUUACUAUCAUGAAACUCAGGUUUGGGUUCCAGUUAACGGCCGCCAUAUCACGAAGGUAGAUCACAUCCCAAAAAUUUCUACAUAUACUGCGCCUAUAUCCACAACUCCUACCAGACCUGAUCAAAGGGCACCUUUAAAUGAAGGGAAAACUCCUUCACACAAAGAAGCAACUUCCCCAGACAAACAAGAAGCUUCUUCCAAUAUAACCAAUGAAGAAGAGCCCAUAGUAAGUGUUCCUACUGAGCAGGAUGAGGAAUCUCGAGGUGCUGAGGAAAAUCAGAAUGUAUUGGAUGAGGUUCAACCAAAGGUUGAAGAGGAAGAUGGGAAGGAUGUUCUAUCGAAUUCUAAGGAGCUGAAAAGUAAAGAUACGCUGCAAAUGACUUCUGAAGAACAGAAAAGGUUCGCAAAAGCAGAAUUGAUGGCUCAAAAAUUACUGGAAGAGCAACAAAGACAAGAAGAAGAAAAAAAAAGGAGAGAAGAACAACGUAAACUAAAGAAGGAAAAGAAACUGAAGCAGAAGCAGAAAAAGGAAGAAGAAAAAUUAAAGAAGAAGAAGAAGGAAGAGGGAAAGUUAGAGAAAGAAAAGCAAAAAGAAUUGCUAAAUCAAAUUUUAACUGGAGACGCAGACGCCUCAUCGCCUGCUGAAAACACAGCAACUUCUGCAACCACUAAUUUAGCACCUUGGGCUAAUAAGCAACCUGAGGGUACCGUUUAUAAUCAAAUUUCUUCUGCUCUUGAAGACUUGAAGAAGGAGAACUCCUUCAAGAAAGAAAAAAAACCUAACCGUACUCAGUUAGACCGCGAGCAAGCAUUAAAACUACAAAAAGAAAUAUUAGGUUCGACGCAAACUCAGAAAGCUCAAACCGGUUCUGCCUGGGGUAUAAAACCACAGCAGCCGGUCAAGAUUGGCAUUAAAGAAGAAUUGAUGAAGGACAAUAGCAAUAUUAACGGUCAGUCUAAAAUCAACAAGACCAAUAAUGGUGAUGUCAAAUUAAAUUCUACUUUUAUUGAAGAGCAGAAAAAGCUAUGGGAACAAGUCCAAAAGAAAACUAAGAAAUUCAACCGUGCUUCUUCACUCGAUGAUUUUAUUUCAAGAACACCUUCUCCAUCUUCAACAUUGAACUCUUCAAAUACAAUUAAUGCAUGGACGACAGUUUCUUCCAAGAGCACUACUAAUGCGACCUCUACCACCGCUGCUGCUGUGAAUCAACCAAAGUCAUAUAUCAGUCCUGACAGACUGCGUUCUUCUGGGGGGUUACCUGCUACAACAAAAGUCAAAGUGAAUGAUAAGAGUAAACAAAUUGGUUCAUCUACUAGUAUUCCGACUCUUAAGGCACGCCAAGUUAAAGCAUCUCGCAUUCCUGCUUAUCCCGGUAAUGCUUCUGUUUCCAAGCGUCAGGAAUUCUUAAAAUGGUGUCGGUCUCAACUAAAAUUAAAUACGGGCGUUCAAACUGAUAAUGUUUUAGAAAUGCUAUUUAGCUUGCCCCCAGGUUCUGAAUCCAAGGAAAUUAUUGCCGAUACCAUAUACUCCUACAGUUCGACAAUGGACGGUAGAAGAUUUGCCACUGAUUUCAUCAAGAAACGUUCUGAAUGUGAAGAAAAAAUUAACGACCCCUUAAGCUGGAGCGAAGUAUUAGCCAUGCCUGAAGGAAGUUCUGAAGACUGGGAAUUUCAAGUUGUUGGUAAAAAGAAAGGAAAACGAUUUUAG